AUGGCCGAGGAAGAACAGUUCCAAGAAGCACUGGCAGAAGAGCAGAGGUCUCAACUUCUGAGAGCUCUCCAAGGGUCAGUCUUCACAAGGACUGGACCUCCUGAGGGGCGACAAGCAGGGACUGGGCAAGAAGUGAGAUUCAUUGAGCAAGGACCCGAAAGGCCGUCCACAGAAGCAAGAGGAGAAGCAGCAGCCAACUUCAAAGCUCCUGAGUCUCUAGAAGAAUGCUCUUCCGUGGACGAGAUUGCAAAGUACUUAGCCAGUUACUGGUCCAAGCACAAAGCGCUUCCGGUGGUUGGCGAGGGAUCACAUCUAGAAAGUGUGCUUCAAAAAGCACUCACAACAUUGAGAUCUGCUGCGGAUCGAAUCCCUGCUCUGUCUGACUUCGCUUAUGAAGGCAAUUUGACGCCAGUGGACUUCCGUGAGUUCUUGGUAGGGUUCGUGGACUUUGAGUUCCAGGAAAAGCAAGGCCUCAAGAUCACAAAAAGUCAUCCUGGCAAAGAGAUCAAGUCAGAGACAGAGUUGGCAAUCAGGGCUGCCAAGGCAAAGGUUGCAGAGCUCGAGAAGAUCAUGGAGCGGAAGGUAAAAGAUGAAACGGCCUGCCUGAGCGAGAUCAAGAACUUGGAGGAAGCUUCUCUGGAAGGCAAAGACGAAGAGGAAAAGAAGAAACAUGAGGAGACCUUGCAAGGCGAGAAAGACGCCUUGGAUGGAAUUCGCUCGGAGAUGGAGACGGUCAAGAAGGAAGUUGAGGAAUCACAUGACCCAACUUUCAUCAUCCAGAAAAUGGAGGUCCAUCUUUCGCAGAAGAAGCUGGAAGUCAAUGCGGAAGACUUUGACAGCUACCUCUACGGAGUCCUCAUCCUUCUGGCAGGGAACUCCCUCUUCGUCGUGGCUUUCUGCCUCGCAUUCUGCCUUGCUGUUCGAGGACCGAAGCGAGCUUCACAAAUUGCAAAGGGCACCAGUGGCAAGGCUGCUGGCAGGGGCAAGAAAACAGUGCGGAUGAAGGCAAAAGGUCAGGCCUUCAUAAGGUCUGUUAUGGAAAUGGAGGAGAAGAUCAUGAAAAUCUGCGCAGAGGUCACGGGCCGCUCACUUUCGUCGAACACCUUCAUAGGGGUUGUCCCGGAGGUCAUGAUGUCUUUGGGAGAGGACAGCCAGCUUCACGGAGUCUCAACGUUGAGUGUGCGAGUGGUCCCUCUGUCGUGGGCGAGCGGGAUGGCCAGUGGCCAGAUCAGGCUCGGGCAGGGGAUGAAUGUUCCUGUCCCCACUUCGGAGGAUGAAGCGAGUCCAAAGCGUCGCAGGGAAGGGGACGUACCUACAGGGCCACCAGGGUUGUCAGGGGAUGCUCAGGUUUCUCUGGAUAUGAGGGCCAUGGAGGUCUUGUUACAGCAGCAGUGUGCGGCAAUUGUUGCUGCCAAUCGGACCCACCUCGAAACAGCUCUGACGUCCUUAGAGGAGAGAGUGGCGGAGAGGAUUAAGAACACCGAAAUCCGUCAGGACAAUGUUGAGGAAAGGGUUGGGGCUGUCGAAGGGCGUUUGGAGAAAAUUGAGCAGCUACUCAGACAACCUGGGGGUAGGCCAACGGCCUCUGCAGGGGACAUGGAUGAUCGUCGGAAGUUCACUCUGGUCUUCGGAGGAUGGCGCCAAGAUACCCCCCGGAGAACCAUAGUUGCUGAGGUCUCGGAAGCCCUCCGCCGCUUGGAUGUCGCCCAGCAUACGGACUCGGAGCCUUUUACUACGGGGCCUCGCAGGUCAGUGGCCUUGCUGGGGUUCUCUUACCGCCGGGGGGAAGGGUUUUCGGAUGUUCGCCAGCGCAUGCACAAGGUGCUCAUGGGGUUGUCUCAGGCAAAGCCUCUCACGAGCCACAACAAACCCAUGUGGUGCUCCUACUCCAAGACUCGUGCAGAAAGGGAUGUUUCCAGCCACGCUGGAUGGGUUAAGCGGUCCUUAGCCGCUUUGUCAGCGGAAAUUGCUCAGGCCCUUGAUGUCGAAUAUGGGACUGGCACGGUCUGGCUUGGGGAAAGCAUGCUGGCGAGUGCAACUCGUAGCCCUCCCGACGGGGUUUCCGAGGAGUGCUUCAUUCGGGAGGAACACCUUGUGUGUAGGCCGUGGAUCGAUGUGCAAGCUACUGCCCGGGAGUGUAAAAUGCGGGUGUUCGGUUGGAACAUAGGUGGUGCUCCAGUGGAAGACCUGCCUCGUGCUGUCAAGGAAAACGUAGGGGCCGGGGUUGAGCUCAGGGUAGGGCUGGUUCAGGAGCUUCCCAGAAGACAGGCCGGCUGGUCGUCAACAACACUUGAGGGAUUGAGACUGUUGCAACAUAGGCAUCCUAACCAGUGGCGUGGAGUGGGCAUCCUGUUUCAGCCUUCCAUCUGGGGAGUGAUAUCACGGAAAACCUCGCGAAGGGGCAUCUGGGUUUUGCUGCGACACUUGGAGUCAGGCCAGGAGAUUUGGUUUGGAACGUUGCACCUGCAACCGGGGCUGCCACAGGCUGAGUACCAUGCGGAUGCUGCUGACUACUUCUCUUGCCUCCCCUCCCAUGCUAAACAGGUGGUGUUUCAAGGUGAUGUGAAUGCCCCCCUCGCAUGGGCUAGCUCGGAGGUGGGAGAUGUUGCAUGUGGGCUAGAUGGCAAGGCAAUUCUGCUGCUGGAUGUGCUCUUUCAGAAAGGGCUCCUUACGGUGCCGCCUUCGUCUGAGCAACAGCACCUUCCGACGAGCAGACCGAGGCAGGUCGGGAGAGAGGGGUCGCGAAUUGACCUCUUUGCGUCUCGGGGACUGCUGCAGCAAGGGCUCACGAUCUUUGAGGACUCUUGUUUCUCUUUGGGCACUGACCACGAGCUUCAGGAAGGGUGUUUCUCGAUUAAGGGACAACGGAUCUACCGGAGACCACAAACGAGGGCUAGGGUUUGGACAGGGGGCAUCGACAGUGUCGAAGGGCUCAACCAAGCAACUCUCCAGCAGCUGGCCAAGACCUGUACCAAGCCUAAACCGGGCAAUUCUUUUCGAGACAGCCACGACACCAAGCUAGCUUUCCGCAGGGCGAGGGUUAGCAAGUCGAAGGAAGCAUGGAAAGCAGCACUCAUGAGCAGACGAGCUGACAGGAAAAAGUGGGAAGCCGAUCGCCUCUUCAGAGCGUCGCAGUGCGACUGGAGCCGCUUCAAGGAGCUCAGGGCUGAGGGUCAAGGCACUGCCUGGGAUGAAGGGUUUGCGGACAGCCAAGCCGGGGACCCCCACAUGGUGGUUGAAUCGUUCCUUUCGAACUUGUACAAAGGUGAAAAGGUGCAGCUGGUAACCGAGCCUCAAGGGGAAGUUCGAGGGUUCACGGUUGAGGAAGUCCGUGUGGCAGUGUCACAGCUGAAGCGAGGCAAAUCGGUUGGGAACGACCUCACGGGGAGGGAGCUUUUCGAGGGAAUCCUCUCGUUGGAUGGCGGCGCUUCGCACCUGGCGGAGUUUUUCACGGGGGUUCUGUGCACAAAAGCUGUUCCUGAAGAAUGGAACAAAUCCAUCCUGAUCCUGCUGGCAAAACUGGCCAACCCGACUUUGGCCAAGGAUUUAAGACCGAUUGCACUUGGAAGUGGAACUUCGAAACUCUUUUCACGGCUCUUGAUAAAUCGUUGCCUUCCCCUGUUGGGGGCAAAGUCCCCGUACCAGACCGCCAGAGCUUGCGACUACAUUUUCAGCGCUUGGAGAAUAUGCGAAUUGUGCAGGGAGUGGGGGUUGCCGCUUACAAUGGUCAAAAUAGACGUGCAAAAAGCGUUCGACUCGGUCAAUAGAUCGCGUUUGCUUGCCAAAUUACGGUCUAGGCUCGGCCCUACGCACGAAAUGGCCUGCUGGGAACGCCUGCUGAGCGAAACAACAGCUAUUCUCUCCACCCCCUGGGGCGUGAGUGAAUUCGAAAUGUGUUCGGGGAUAAAACAGGGAGCGGUCGAAAGCCCCACCUUUUUCUCGCUCCUCAUGGAGGAGGCCCUAGAAGAAACCAUCUCUGCCCAUGGGUGGGAUGCCUCCCCCUCGCUUUUCGAUGACUUCGCCCACGAAAGCAUGCUGUUCAUGGAUGAUGGCUUGUUGUGGGCCCGGGACCCUUGUACGGUGGCACAGCGGCUUGAACAACUCAGACUCACCUUGCUGUCCUACGGCCUCACACUCAACAUCAAGAAGUGCCAAAUGUACUGCAGCAAGGAUGUGGUAGGGCCGAGGGUUGUGACAAUCCAAGGGGUUGAACUCCAAGCGUCCGACAGUGUCGAGGUGAUGGGGCUGAAGCUGAAAAAAGGGGUUAGCAUUUGCGAACUGUUGCAGCCUCUGGUCGCCCGUGCCAAACAGAAAUUCUGGAGCCAAAAACACUUACUCCGUUGUCGGUCUCCGUUGAGGGGCCGUCUUCAGCUGUUGCACAGGGUUGUGGCAGGAGCAGGGCUCUGGUGCAUUGCAGCCUUCCCGCCGUGCCGCUCUGCUAUGGGACUGCUGAACAGCGUGCAGGCCAUGCUGGUGGGAUGGGCGAUGCGUCUAUCUAAGUCCGAGGGAGAGAGUUGGGUGUCAUUCCGCCAGAGGGUUGUUCGGUCCUCGAGGGUUGCACUGGUCCGCUAUGAGAUCCCACGUUGGUCCACGUUAUGGUUACGAAGAUGGUGGGACUUUUCAGGCCAUCGUGUCAGGGGGUUGUUGAGUCAGGCCCCACCACUCAGUUCGUACCUCGACGAAUUUCGUAGUCUGGCAUGGUGGCGAAGGGUUCAAGCGAACAAACAGGGGCCUCGUCAUCCACACCAUUUCGCACGACUCACGGCACUUGAAGAAUCUAUGAACAGUGCAUGCCAGGGUCCUUGGAGGGCUUUUGCACACGACAGGGCAAACUGGGCUCAGUUGCGGGAUCGCUACGUUCGGGCCUGUGACCUGCCUUGGGCCUCGGGGAGACAGCUGGCAUUGCCAGCAUGCCUUUACCUCUCGAGCUUUGGCGACCUUCGCAUCAAGCACCAUGCUCGCCUUUGCGCUCCUUUUCGGGGGCCUCGUGCCACUAUGGAUGAUCGCUUCUAUGAGGAGUGGACCCUUGACCCCCAAUACGACAUGGAACACCAAAUGGGGGCUUCUUACAUCCCUCAAGGGUCCCUGCCCAUCCUCCCGAAUGACAUCAUGCAAUGGGCAAGGUACACGGAGGAGCACUUUCAUGACGAAUAUCUUGAUGUGUACUUUCCGCACCAGCAACUGGCACUACUCACACAAGCGGGUGAAGCACCAACCAUGCUGCUGCCACUGGCUGCACCAGCUGCUGGCGAACAGGAAUGGGAACGUGCCAGACGCCUGCAUUACAACUUCUUGAGGAAUGUUCCUGCGGAGAUUGCAGUGCUGCAUGGGUUGAUGAGGGCUUCAGGGGAUGAGCCAGGGGCUCACUUGCAACUCGGGCCGCCUCCCAAUCGGUUGGCUGAAUGGAUGUUCGAAACAGUGGUCUUCCUCCGUGCCGCCAGAGGCGAGGCACACGAUGGAUGGGGCCUGCAGCUCCUUCGCACUCGCUCGCGGUCGAGGCCAAGUGUGAGGUAUGGGUCCAGGGCAGCAGGAUACAUCCACGAGGUGGAGACACUGCUACCACACAGCCAGGCUAUGGGAGUGGAACCCCCGGACUACGUGCUCGACUGGGCUAUCAUUGCUGAGGGUGAGCUCUACUCCCUGCUUGCCCGUGAUGAGGACACGCCGUCCUGUGAUGCCACGAGCUUGGUGCAGGGCUCGCAGCCUAUCAAAAGACAGUGGCUCAAGAAGGGCAAUGCUAGCGACAGGCGCCGUCACAAGUACGCUCGGCAAAGGGCCGAGGAGGAACGCCAGAGGCGUAUGGGGUCUCAGGGUUCUGGCGCCAGCGGUGCAUGCAAGGUCACCACAUCCACGAGAGUGCUUCGGCCGGAUGCAAGGCGGCCCCCGCCAUCACGGGAGGCACCCUCCUCACAUACUGGAGGACGGGCAGGCUCUUCGACGGACGUGAAGCCUCCAGCUACCCCUCCGCAGCCGCUCACUUUGGACGAAGCUGCCGAUGUGUGGAGCAUCAUCCUGGGCCUGGCCACGGAGGAUGAAGUGGAUGCCAAACCGGGGACCAUCCUCGGUGAGGUGACCACCACCAGCAUCCUUGAAACAAUCCUUGACUACAACCUACAGGACAGACUCACGAUGACCCUGGCAUUUCAAGGAGUGGUUGCCAGGAUGCUCAAAAUGGUGGGCAUGAUUAUCGAGGAUGCCAUGGAAACAGACCGGGCCAGACACCGCAAGGGUCCAGAGGACCCACCGGACGAGGGGGACGCAACAGGGUUCAUGCAAACGGGAGGGGCACUGGUCACCACGGACAGGGAGUGGGAGACCUUCUUGCUUGACCUCCGCCACGCUUUUGAAUCCAUGACCAAGGGUUCAAGGAAAGCGAAUGCCGAAAUCCUGCACAUUUGGUUGGACCAUAGGGCUACAGAUGAGGCCCAGGGAAAAUGCUUGGGUCACAUGAGUGGCCGACCGGCGCAAUUGUUGUCCCUGCUGGUUGUGGUCUUUGAGAGCUGCGAGGACAUGGAAGGAGGACAGCCUGGUGGUGCGCGACUCCUCCUCUUGCUCGCGCUGGAACUCCACCUCUCUGAGGUGUGCCUCCCUUGCAUCCAUGUCUUGCUCCUGCUGGUCCCCCGGGUGCGAGCCCUCGACCCUGAGAUUUACGGGAGCCAGGGUGCCUUGGAGGAUGAAUAUAUGGAGCAACAUGAUAUGCUGCGUCAUUUGUCGCCUGAGGAGUAUCGCCAGUGGGAACUUCGACAGAUGGAACUUGCGAUGUCCUCACCACCACCCAAAAGAACUCGAAUGUUCCUGCGAGUGGAACUCUCUAGUGGGAGUUCGGAUGCACCUCGAGUUUCUCGGGAGCUUUUGGUGCCUCUUGAGCCGCAGGGCACGGGGGUCUCCUUGAGGAUUGGUGUGGUACAUGCUCCGAGGGACACAGCCACACAACCUGUUCCAGUGGUGGACCAAGUGUCGGCCACGAUCCUGGACACGGCCGGGGAAGCAGGACAGGGCAAUGGGUCUGCCAAGCCAGUGGCUGCAGACCUGGACAGGGUCACUGACCACAAUGUGGCAGGGUCUUCCGAGGGCUUACCUGGGGCAAUGCCUGCGGGAAGGGAUGAGGUUCCUCCUUCAGAGGCCACCACCGUGCCCUGUGAAGUGGGCCAACCGGCCUUGCAUUUCGUCCAAUCCACCCUCACAUAUGCAGACUUCGAAGCCUUGUAUGCAGACUGGGUUGCAGGGAGAAUUUCGCUUGACACAGUGGAAGCUCGCUAUGGGUCCAACACUCGUGAGUUGAUGGAGGUACAACGAGUUGCCGAACUUACGGGUCUUGAAACACAGGAGGGCAACAAGGUCGUCUAG